AUUCUUCUUCACUUCUCAUCCAGUGAAGUUUGUAAGUGUAUCUAAACUGCAGUUACCUGUGGUCUGCCGCUGAGCGCGAACAUUGCCCUUCUCACUAUCUUCGGAAGCGUUUUCCUUACCUUCACUCUAUCAACUUCCUCGUUGUUUCAGCACCUCACUUUGCUGUAGUCACCUGGUCUAAUUCCUCUCAAAGUUGCCUGCUCGCUUCACUUCCAACCCGCACAUCGCUAACUUAGAGCGCAUGGCUGGAGUCCGACUUUGGAAAUUCAUGUGAUCUUGUUUUGAGAGUUUACAGCUUCUGCGCGUCUUGUCCAACGCUUUCUCCCACGGAUGGCUGCGCUGCAGUUCAGAUAUUUGCAUUAUUGAUGCAGUAAUGAAUUUCUGGCACUGCAUACGCACCCCGCCGUUCCUUUCGCUUAGAUAUUGUUUACCAUGGAGUGACAAGUCUGUUUGGUAGGGAAAGGUAGCCACCUUAACUCCAUCCUACUUGUUUAUGAGCGGUAGUUGUAAGUAGGUUGGAAUACUGUGUAUGUGCGGGUUGUGGCCGGGGCCACGAGGUGGUAUGGUCCAGCUGGAUGGGUCGCUGAAGGCGUGAAUCUCUGCCAAGGGAGUCUACUUUUGAUUUAAAUCUGGUGUGGAAAGAUGUUUUGCUGCUGCCUCUGAAGGAAUCCAUAAGUAUCAAGUCGUUGGUUCGUUCCGUCUCGCAUGAAAUCCCAAUUCUGUGUUACAGUGGGAUCGGCGGGCCUCUGCUCAAGUCGUAUAUGUAUGAACUGAAAGUCUUCGUAUGAAGUGAGAGUUAGAGGGAUAUCAAGGUUGAUAGAAGUGUGUGGGGAGAUAUUAUUGACAGAGGGAGGGCGUAUGCCGUACUCUCUGACAACAAAGGCUUCUCAGAAAUCGAAACAACUAUGGGAAGGAGACGAAAGUUCCGGCCCUAGCAGUACUCCUCAACGUCGAUUUUCCCUCUCUUCUCUUGGGGAGCUGAACUACAGACCCUCGAAUUUAACUCGGACUACUUCUCUUACUGAGGAAGAGGUCAAGCAUGAUCUCUCCACCCCGAAAGUGACCCCUACCCCGUCUGUCACAUCUGCGCGGGUGGAGCGUUUGGUCAGGGAGCGGCAGCUGAGGAGGAGCGGAAGCUGUUACACGCUUGGUGAUGAGGUUGACGCGAAAAGUGAGGUCCUGGGGGGGAAUGGGGGAAUGGUUGGCGGUAGCGGGGAUAGAAUGGGGGAAUGGUGGGCGGCCACUGAACCCCAGAGCAGCCACAGCAAAGCAGGUGCACACACGGAUAACUAUGAAAGUUCUAGGAACCUGAAUGAUAAGAUCCACCGAAGUGCACAAAGAUUACUGGUGGUCGCCAAUCGCCUUCCUGUAUCUGCAACUCGACUGGACGGGGACAAGUGGGAUUUGCAGUUGAGUGCUGGGGGGCUUGUGAGUGCACUCUUGGGUGUGAAGCAAAUUUUCGAAACAAGGUGGAUUGGAUGGGCAGGUGUUAGUGUACACGAUGAAAGAGGGCGUGCUUCAUUAACAGAGGCAUUAGCUUUGAAGGGUUGCGUUCCUGUAUUUCUAGAUGAUGAUACAGUUGACCAAUAUUACAAUGGUUACUGCAACAAUGUGCUUUGGCCCCUCUUUCACUACAUUGGACUACCUCAGGCAGAUCGACUCGCUGCUACUAGGAGCUUGGAUUCUCAGUAUGCAGCCUACCAGCAUGCUAAUAAGUUGUUUGCGCAGGUGGUUUUCUCGCAAUAUCAAGAAGGGGAUGUGGUCUGGUGUCACGAUUACCAUCUUAUGUGCCUCCCGCAAGAAUUAAAGACGUUAAAUCCUCGCAUGAAAGUGGGUUGGUUCUUGCACACACCAUUCCCUUCCUCUGAAAUAUAUCGGACUUUGCCACUACGUUCAGAAUUGCUAAAGGCGGUGCUUACAGCUGAUCUGAUUGGCUUUCAUACAUAUGAUUACGCAAGACAUUUUGUGAGCGCUUGUACACGCAUUUUGGGUCUAGAGGGUACGCCAGAAGGUGUCGAGGAUCAAGGAAAACUUACACGUGUUGCAGCGUUUCCUAUAGGUAUCGACCCUGAAAGAUUUAUCCAAGCUCUUGAAACAGAACAAGUGAAGUUGCACGUCAAGGAACUGCUGCGAUUCUUUGCAGGCAGAAAGGUUAUGUUGGGUGUUGAUCGGCUCGAUAUGAUUAAAGGAAUUCCCCAAAAGCUACUCGCAUUUGAGAUGUUUCUGGAAAAGAAUCCUGAAUGGCGCGAGAAAGUGAUGCUUGUUCAAAUUGCUGUGCCAACUCGAACUGAUGUACACGAAUAUCAACGUUUGACCAGUCAGGUCCAUGAAAUAGUUGGUCGCAUCAAUGGUCGCUAUGGAACAGUAACUUUUGUGCCCAUCCAUCAUUUGGAUCGCUCCUUGGCAUUUCAUGAGUUGUGUGCUUUGUAUGCCAGUACAGAUGUGGCGUUGGUCACUUCGUUGCGAGAUGGGAUGAACCUUGUAAGCUAUGAGUAUGUUGCCUGCCAGAACUUCAAGAACACUGAAGGUGUAUUGGUAUUAAGUGAGUUUGCAGGAGCUGCACAGUCUUUAGGAGCUGGGGCCAUACUUGUAAAUCCUUGGAACAUAAGGGAAAUGUACAUUGCUAUUGAAGAGGCUCUGAAAAUGAGUGAUGAAGAAAGGAAAGAGCGUCACCGUCAUAACUUCACCCAUGUUACUACCCACACGGCUCAGGCUUGGGCUCAUAAUUUUGUCAGUGAGCUAUAUGAUACCAUCGUGGAGGCUGAGCUUCGAACGUUGAACGAACCUCCGAAUCUACCAGUAGAUUCUGCCAAAGAAAGCUUUCUGAACUCGAAGAAUCGGUUGCUUGUUUUUGGUUUCAAUUCGACCAUCACUGCAACAGUGGAAGCUCCACGACGGGACCAGAUUAAAGAGUCUAAACUGGGUUUACAUCCAGGCAUUAAGGAGUGUCUUGGGACUCUUUGCUCUGAUCCGAACACUGACGUUGUGAUUCUUAGUGGCAGCAAGCGGGAUACUCUGGAAGAGGUUUUUGGAGGGUUUAAUAUUUGGCUUGCAGCUGAAAAUGGUAUGUAUUUGCGCGAUCUUAUUGGUAAAUGGAUGCCCACAAUGGAGCAUUUGAACAUGGACUGGAAAGAUAGUGUGCAACUCGUAUUCGAUUACUUCUGCGCAAGAACGCCACGAUCUUUUGUAGAGAAGCGAGAGACAUCUUUGGUUUGGAAUUAUAAAUAUGCUGAUUUGGAGUUUGGAAGGGUCCAAGCACGAAACAUGCUUCAACAUCUAUGGACAGGGCCCAUCUCCAAUGCGGCUGUGGAUGUCGUUCAAGGUCAAAAGUCAGUGGAGGUCCGUCCUAUUGGUGUUUCAAAGGGUGCAGCAAUCGAUCGAAUUGUAUUUGAAAUUAUACGCAGCAAGCAUCCCAGCAGUUCACAGACACCAAAUAUUCAGUUCGACUUUGUCAUGUGCCUGGGCCAUUUUUUGAGCAAGGAUGAGGAUGUGUAUGCUUAUUUCGAUCCGGAUAACGCAUUUGAUAGAGAUAAUCGGUGCAGUAAUGGAAAGCUGGAAAGGAACCUUGAUCGACGGUUGUCUGCAAAGUCAUGUGAUCGUGCAUCGGUAAAGAAUAAUAAAUCGAGCGUGGUUCGAACGAAGACUUACCCACUCUUUUCACCAGAUCGUAAUGGAGCUCAUUCGAGCGCUUCGCAUUCAAGAUCUAACAGCUUCAAAGAAGGCAGUAUCUAUCAAUACUCUGAUAGAGACAUCAUGGGAGACCUGGUGAACGUGUCGCCAGAAACUUACAUCUCGUGUGCAGUGGGAAAAAAACAUUCAUCCGCCCGAUAUUAUUUGGACACAGUAAAUGAGGUCGUCUCGUUUGUGAAGUCACUUGCCGAUGCGUGUCCUUGUGAAAUGGAGUCUCAAGAUCAAUCGCUGCCAUCGGUCAGUUGAGGGUCUGGUCCUCAUGGUGUCCCCAUGUUCUGCUGAUUCGUUGCCAUACCGUGGUGCUAGGAAUAGUAUUAAAUACAGUGUAACCAUUUUUUAAAAUAUGAUGCUGGAUCUGUUACCAGUAGCCCUACAAAUUUCUUUAAAUUUAAAGAUCUAAUCUACUUUGUAGCUA